AAUGCAAAAAAUACGUUCAGUUGUACACAGACAUUUACAUUUUCGUAAUGUAUCCAAACAAUCUAGCAAAAAUGUUUAACGAAUUUUCUUUUGAAGUGUUUCUUUUUGUCACGAUUUUACUCAUUUGUAGAAGCGUCAAAAAACUGAAUUUUGAAGUGUUUGUCGAAGCCAUUUUACAAAGAAGAAAGGGUGUAUCUGGUGUGGCAAAAAAAGUUGCAGACAGAGUGGAUGAUGAAGUGAUAAUACCAAAGAGCGUCAAUUAUCAUUUCACAAGGAAAUGUAAUUAUGAAUGUGGAUUCUGUUUUCACACCGCCAGAACGUCGUUUUUAUUGAAUUUGGAGAAUGCCAAAAUUGGUCUGAAAAUGUUGAAAGAUGCAGGAAUGGAGAAAAUAAAUUUCAGUGGCGGAGAACCGUUUCUCCCCUCGCGUGGUAAACAUUUGGGGGAGAUGGUGAAGUUUUGCAAACUAGAGUUAAAACUGCCUUCUGUAACUAUAGUUUCGAACGGUUCACUAAUCAAAGAAAAGUGGUUUGAGGAAUAUGGAAAAUACCUCGACAUAAUGGCUAUUUCCUGUGAUUCAUUUAAUGAAGACACAAACAAGGCUAUUGGUAGGGGACAAGGUAACAAAAACCACAUUGAACAACUAUUCAGAGUGAGAGACUGGUGUCAAAAAUACGGAGUAUUGUUUAAACUAAAUACUGUUGUUAACACCUACAACCAUGAUGAAAAUAUGUGCAAACAAAUCAAACACCUCAACCCUGUUAGGUGGAAAGUUUUCCAGUGUCUGCUUUUGGAGGGGGAAAAUGCUGGACCGGAAGCAUUAAGAAACGCAGAAAGGUUUUACAUAUCAGAAGAAACUUUCAACGAGUUUUUGGAGCGACACAAAGAAGUAGCAUGCUUGGUUCCAGAAUCGAACACAAAAAUGCAGAACAGUUACUUGAUUCUGGAUGAGUAUAUGAGAUUCCUGGACUGCCGAGAUGGUUCGAAAACACCUUCAAAAUCGAUACUAGACGUCGGAGUAGAAAAUGCUUUGAAAUUUUCCGGCUUCGACGAACAAAUGUUCAAGAAACGAGGCGGUAUUUACAAAUGGUCCAAAGAAGCGAAUAAACUCUCCUGGUAGACUAGAGACAUCCAUAUCACCACUCAACCCGAGAAUCCGUCGUAAUUCCCAAAAAUAUUUAUAUUUUUUUACCCUUAGUUAGUCAUAAAUAAAACUACUCGUGAACAA